UCUGAUGCAGGAUUAGCAAUAACAACCGUGUGUUUUAAUGUUUUUUCAACUGAAAAACUACACAAGCAAGCGAUUACUUUCCAUAAUACUGUCGAGGAAACAGUAAGCCUUAAUGCAAAAACAGAUGUCUUUCAAACUCACUUGCAGUCAGAAUCUCUAUUAUCUGUGGGAACUUCAGGAACACCACGAGCUUCAGGAACACCACGAGCUUCAGGAAAACCACGAACUUCAGAAACACCACGAACUUCAGGAACUCUGCGAACUCCACCGCAAACUUUCCGAGAUCUAAAUCUAAAGUCUUUAAAAACUACACCUGACAAGAGACCAUUUGAAAAAGAGGAAUUUCAACAGUAUACCCAAAAAAUUUCUAUCGUAUAUGCAUUCGAUAAAGCAAUUGAAAAUUUAGCAGAAGUAGUAGGAGAAGAAGUCGUUAGGGAGCUAUCAACUAUGUGA